AUGGGUGAGAAAGACUUCGACGCUGUGGUGAAUACAGAUGAGAAGGUUGACAAUUUCCACAAGCAUCGCUUCAUCUGUAUUGAUAGAGUUAGCCGAAUACUCGCAUACUACAACGUGAUAGUGCAAUACCGAGAAGAGCAUCAGCUGAUGUUCUACUUAGUAACUGUUGUCCGAUUAUCCAUUGACGACGUUAUCGUGGAGUGA